AUGGAUUUGCAUUUGAAGAAUUUAUUUGGUAGGUUUCAGGAUCAGUUCGGGUCAGGUCCGGGUCUUGGACCAGGAUCCGGGGUUUGCCUGAUGAAAGUUGAAGGUAUAUCUUCCAACAUUAUUCAAUCCAUAUUCAAAGCUUCAGCUUCUUUAUACAGAAGCGAGCCAUGGAAGAGGCUCAGACCAGGUCAUCUGUUUGGUGUUCGUGUGGGAAAAGACUCAGAUUGGUCAGGAAAGAGACAGCCUUUCCAAUGUGUUCAGUUCAUAGGAGGGGAUGGUGGUGAUAUAGCAGUCUAUAUGUAUAGAUCCAUGAGCUACGCACUGAAAAUGACAGAUGAUUCAUGGGAAAUGGCUAGAGUCCCUAAUGUUGAGGUUCUUAGGGUUACUUAUGAGCUUGAGUCACUGAUGCUACCUUCUAACAAGAAAAUGGUCAAGUCUUUGUCUUUAGAAGUCUCUGGAACUGAUCGGUUUCCGGUCAUAGAUGUUGCCCGGUGCAUGAGCUCUGGCGAUCUCCAGUUCAGAAACCCGUCUCUCGAAGAGCUUAAGCUUGUGUUUGCAGUAAUGAAAGCUCUUUCUUUGGUUCAUCCUUUGCUGGUUCAAGAGGAGAAGCAAGUCAGGGGAUCGUCAAGGAUGAUAAAGUUUUCGCCUUUUAUUGAGACUGUUGAUGUUCAGUGGCCACAAGAGAUGUUCAAAGGACAUGACUUUGUUGCUGUCACGGUUUCGCAUCCUCCAGGUCAAUCAUAUGAACAGAAAUCGAAGAAAGCUGCUGAGAUGGCUCGUGAUGAUGAUGAUGAGUUGGAAGUAGUUUCAGGCAUGCAAAGCGGUAGAGAAUAA